AUGAGUGGGUUCAUAGAUAAAGUUUUCAAAAGAACCACAACUGCUGGAUUAACCGGUAGAAAAUUACGUGCAGCAGUCACUAUUACUGCAACUCUUGGAUUUUCACUUUUCGGAUAUGAUCAAGGUUUAAUGGCAGGAUUAAUUUCUGCUGAACAAUUCAAUUGGGAAUUUCCUGCUACUAAAGAUAAUAGUGUUAUUCAAGGUGCUGUUACUGCAUCUUAUGAAUUGGGUUGUUUUUUUGGUGCUAUUUUUGCUUUACUUAGAGGUGAUACUUUAGGUAGAAAACCAAUUAUUUUCAUUGGUGCUACUAUUAUUGUUCUUGGUACAAUUAUUUCUGUUACUCCAUUUAGACCUCAUUGGCCAUUAGGUCAAUUUGUUGUUGGUAGAGUUAUUACUGGGAUUGGUAAUGGUAUGAAUACUGCUACUAUUCCAGUUUGGCAAUCAGAAAUGUCAAAACCAGAAAAUAGAGGUAAAUUAGUUAAUUUAGAAGGUGCCGUAGUGGCAUUUGGUACUUUAAUUGCUUAUUGGUUAGAUUUUGGAUUAUCUUAUGUUAAUACUUCAGUUUCAUGGAGAUUCCCUGUUGCUUUCCAAAUUUUUUUUGCUUUAUGGGUUAUUUUUGGAAUUCUUCAAUUACCAGAAUCUCCUCGUUGGUUAAUUUCUAAAGAUAGAAAACCAGAAGCUUAUGAAGUUUUAGCAGCAUUAAAUGAUACUACUCCUGAUGAUGAUGCCAUUGUUGCUGAAGCUAGUGUUAUUGUUGAUGCUGUUAGAAGAAACGCUAAAGUACAAGCCGGUUUCAAAGAUUUGUUUACUGGUGGUAAAACUGCUCAUUUCCAAAGAAUGCUUAUUGGAUCUUCAACCCAAUUUUUCCAACAAUUUACUGGUUGUAAUGCUGCUAUCUAUUAUUCUACUUUAUUAUUCUAUGAAACCGUUUUCAAUCAUAGUCAAUAUCGUUUAUCAAUGAUUUUAGGUGGGGUGUUUGCUACCAUUUAUGCUUUAGCUACUCUCCCAUCAUUCUUUUUAAUUGAUACUUUAGGUAGAAGAAAUUUAUUUUUAAUUGGUGCUAUUGGACAAGGGAUUUCAUUUAUUAUUUCUUUUGCUUGUUUAAUUAAACCAACUGAACAAAAUGCUAAAGGUGCUGCCGUUGGUAUUUAUUUAUUUAUUGUUUUCUUUGCUUUCACCAUUUUACCAUUACCAUGGAUUUACCCACCAGAAAUCAACCCAUUAAGAACAAGAACUACUGCUUCUGCUGUUUCCACUUGUACCAAUUGGUUAACCAAUUUUGCAGUUGUUAUGUUUACUCCACCAUUUAUUGCUGCUAGUGGUUGGGGUUGUUACCUUUAUUUUGCCAUUAUGAAUUUCUUAUUUGUUCCAAUCAUCUUUUUCUUUUAUCCAGAAACUGCUGGUAGAUCAUUGGAAGAAAUCGAUAUUAUUUUCGCUAAAGCUUAUGUUGAAAAAAGACAACCUUGGAGAGUUGCUGCCACUUUACCAAAAUUAUCAUUACAAGAAGUUGAAGAUGAAGCUAAAAACUUGGGUCUUUAUGAAGAUGAUUUUGAAAAAGAUAAUUUCGAAACUAAAGAAGAUAUUUCUGAUGGUACUGUCUCAAACACUAAUGGUGUUUUUGAAAAACCAGAAAAUGUUUAA